AAUCAAGUUAAACCAACACACUAUAUUUACAUAUUACUUCAAAUAACAUCUUUGGGAUUAAUUGGAGCUCAUCAAGAUGGAUAGGAGAGUGGAGAUUGAGCAAAUCAAUAAAGAGGAAUUUGCAGAAAUGGAUGAGCAGAAAUGGGUGUAUGAUUCUUCUCUUGAUCAUAAAGGCCGGGUUCCUCUCCGCGCCUCCACUGGUGUCUGGAAGUCCUCCCUUUUCAUCAUCAUGAUUGAAUUUGCUGAGAGGUUGAGUUAUUUCGGAAUCGCCACAAGUUUGAUUAUAUACCUGACCAAGAUUCUGCAGGAAGACCUCAAAACAGCAGCCAAGAAUGUCAACUACUGGGCUGGUGUUACCACUCUUAUGCCUCUCUUUGGUGGUUUCUUAGCCGAUGCUUACUUGGGUCGAUUCUCCACCGUUCUUACUUCAUCCGUUCUCUACUUCUUGGGCUUGAUUCUGUUGACAAUGUCGAGGGUAGUCCCUAGCUUGAGACCCUGCGGGAAUGAAGUGUGCGAUGAACCUCGGAAGGCGCACGAAGCUAUAUUUUUCCUCGCGAUUUACAUGAUAUCGAUCGGGACGGGAGGCCACAAGCCCUCCCUGGAGAGCUUUGGAGCUGAUCAGUUUGAUGAUGAUCACCCAGAGGAAAGAAAGCAGAAGAUGUCAUUUUUCAAUUGGUGGAACUUUGGGCUUUGCUCUGGGAUCUUAGUUGGGGUGACAUUUAUAGUUUACAUUCAAGACCAUGUUAGCUGGGCUUUAGCAGAUAUGAUUCUCACUGCAGUUAUGGCUUUUAGCAUUGUGGUUUUUUGCAUUGGAAGGCCAUUUUAUAGGUAUAGGAAGGCUGCUGGGAGUCCCUUGACACCAAUGUUGCAGGUCCUUGUUGCAGCCAUUAGAAAGAGAAAUCUCCCAUGCCCUUCUACUUCUGCAGAGUUAUAUGAAGUUCCUAAGUCAGAAUAUGCCCGUGGGAGACUUCUGUGCCACACUGGAAAGCUCAAGUUUCUUGACAAAGCUGCAAUCAGAGAAGAGAAAGGAAGGUCAGCUGAGGAGGCAGAGAAUCCAUGGAGGCUUGCAACCGUGACAAAAGUGGAGGAGAUGAAGCUGGUGAUCAACAUGAUUCCCAUUUGGUUAACCACUCUGCCAUUUGGGAUUUGUGUGUCACAAACCGCCACCUUCUUCAUCAAGCAAGGCAUGACACUAAACCGAAAGAUUGCCAAUGGCUUCGAGAUCCCCCCGGCCUCAAUCUUCGUGCUGGCAGCCGUUGGAAUGAUCGUCUCCGUCACAAUCUACGACCGAAUCCUCGUACCAAUCCUGAGGAGGGCGACGGGCAACGAGAGGGGCAUCAACAUCCUCCAGAGGAUCGGGAUCGGGAUGGUGUUUUCAGUCACAACAAUGGUAGUUGCAGCCUUGGUAGAAAGGAAGAGACUAAGUGUUGUCCAAGAAAGCCCCCUAAAGACCUCAACCUCAAUGAGUGUGUUUUGGCUAGCACCACAAUUCCUCAUCAUUGGCAUAGGGGAUGGCUUCACACUAGUGGGGCUACAAGAGUACUUCUACGAUCAAGUCCCCGACUCCAUGCGAAGCUUGGGAAUCGCCUUCUACCUAAGCGUUUUGGGGGCCGCGAAUUUCCUUAGCAGCUUCUUGAUAACCAUAGUGGAUCACAUAACAGCGAAAACCGGGAAGAGCUGGUUCGCAAAAGACUUGAAUGGCAGCCGGUUGGACUACUUUUACGCGCUCUUGGCAACCAUAACCGCUGUGAACAUAGGGGUGUAUGCCUUCGUUGCAAAACGCUAUUCGUACAAAAGUGUGCAGAGAAAGAUAACUGUGGCUGUGGCUGAUUGCUAUGAUGCAGAAGAUGGUGCUACUGCAGCAAAGGUGUAGUGCUUAUUAGUAGUGUGUUAAGUUUAGUAGUGUGUGUUACUAAGGGAUAGGAAGCAUAUGAUAUUUGGUUUCCUGAAAUGUAACUCUCCCAAGUGUUAAUGAGAAAUAACAAAGUUUGAGUAUUGUUGCAA